ACCUACCCCCUUCCCGUUUGCACCAGGGCAGGAAUGCCACGCCCGUCCUGGGCCAGAGUCAGCUGCCUGGAGGUUAAAAGAACUUGCAGGAGUUUGUCCGCGGUGCCUCCGCAGAGGUGUGCUGGGCGUACGUGGACGGGGAAUUGAAGUGUUUCAAUGUUCUCCUUUCCCACUAUUUUCAGAGCCGAGAUUUCUGAAGACUCCCUCCUAAAAAGGAUUGACGGGCGGUUCCGGAGGCACAAGAUUCAGAAUUUCUCCGCGAGGCCGUAGAGAAGCACGCUGUGUCAGGACCAGCUGGCCUUCGACACUUGCAGCGGUGACCUUGCCCAGUGCCCGGGACAUGCGGGUUCCCGGGGUGUGCCCCGCCCGGCGGCUCCGGGCUGUGCCGCGGGUCGCAGCCCCCAGGCUCUGAGCAGCGGCUGCUGUGACGCCCACUGUGGGCCCCCCGCCCACGAGUGCUUGCUGCUGGAGCCCCUCUGCCGCGCCCGCCCGUGAGGAUGUGCGUCCCAUUUGGGGGGCUGCUGGCCACCCUGGCCGUGGCGCUCGGGGUGGCGGUGGCAUUUGCUCCUGUACCCAGGAUCACCUGGGAGCACAGAGAGGUGUGGCUGGAGAAGUUCCACGAGCCGGGCAUCUUCAACUACUCGGUGCUGCUGCUGAGCGAGGACAAGAGCACCCUGUACGUGGGCGCCCGGGAGGCCGUGUUCGCCCUGAACGCACGGAACGUCUCGGAGAAGUGGCACGAGGCGUACUGGAAGGUCUCAGAAGAUAAGAAAGCAAAAUGUGCAGAAAAGGGGAAAUCAAGACAGACAGAAUGUCUCAACUAUAUCCGCGUGCUGCAGCCGCUCAGUGCCAGUGUCCUGUACGUGUGUGGGACCAACGCCUUCCAGCCAGCCUGUGACUACCUGAACUUAACGUCGUUUCAGUUUCUGGGGAGAAACGAGGACGGCAAGGGCAGGUGCCCCUUUGACCCGGCACAGAGCUACUCGUCUGUCAUGGUCGAUGGGGAGCUGUAUUCCGGGACGUCCUAUAACUUUCUGGGAAGCGAGCCCAUCAUCUCCCGAAACUCGUCCCACAGUCCUCUGAGGACAGAGUACGCGAUACCGUGGCUUAACGAGCCGAACUUCGUCUUUGCCGACGUGGUCCGGGAGAGCCCUGAUGGCGUGGACAGUGGGGACGACAGGGUCUACUUCUUUUUCACCGAGGUGUCUGUGGAGUAUGAGUUUGUCUUCAAGCUGAUGAUCCCCCGGGUGGCGAGGGUGUGCAAGGGGGACCAGGGCGGCCUGCGGAUCUUACAGAAGAAGUGGACGUCCUUCCUGAAGGCCAGGCUCAUCUGCUCCAGGCCGGACAGCAACCUCAUCUUCAACGUGCUGCAGGCUGUCUUUGUCCUCAGGUCCCCGGACCUGAAGGAACCUGUGUUCUACGGGGUCUUCACCCCACAGCUGAACAACGUGGGGCUGUCAGCUGUGUGCGCCUACAACCUGUCCACGGCCGAGGCGGUCUUCUCCCACGGGAAGUACAUGCAGAGCGCCACGGUGGAGCAGUCCCACACCAAGUGGGUGCGCUACAACGGGGCGGUGCCCACGCCGCGGCCUGGGGCGUGCAUCAACCGUGAAGCGCGGGCCGCCAACUUCUCCAGCUCCCUGAGUCUGCCGGACAAGACCCUGCAGUUUGUCAAAGACCACCCUCUGAUGGACGGCUCUGUGACCCCGAUCGACAACAGGCCCAGGCUGAUCAAAACCUACGUGAACUACACACAGAUUGUGGUGGACAGGACCCAGGCCCUGGACGGGACCUUCUACGACGUCAUGUUCAUCAGCACAGACCGGGGCGCCCUGCACAAAGCUGUCAACCUUGAGAACGACGUCCACAUCAUCGAGGAGACACAGCUUUUCCAGGACUUCGAGCCGGUGCAGACGCUGCUGCUGAAUUCUGAGAAGGGCGGAAGGUUCGUGUACGCGGGCUCCAGCUCGGGCGUGGUGCAGGCCCCCGUGGCCUUCUGCGGGAAGCACGGCACCUGUGAGGACUGCGUGCUCGCCCGUGACCCCUACUGCGCCUGGAGCCGGGCGGUCGCCGCCUGCGUGACCCUGCACCUGCACCAGAUGGACGUCCUCACCAGGACUUUGAUCCAGGAGUUGAGUGGAGACGCGUCCGCCUGCCCCGAUAAGAAUAAAGAAAGUUUCCGGCAGCAUUUUUUCAAGCACGGCGGCAUGGCGGAACUCAAAUGCUCCCAAAAGUCCAACCUGGCCCGGGUGGUGUGGAAGUUCCGGAAUGGCGUGCUCGAGGCCGACGGCCCCAAGUACAGCCUGGUGGGCAGGAAGGACCUGCUCAUCUUCAACCUGUCAGAGGGGGACAGCGGGGUGUACCAGUGCCUGUCGGAGGAGCGGGUGCGCAACAGGACGGUCCUGCGCGUGCUGGCCAAGCACGUGCUGCAGGUGAAAACGCUCCUGAGGACCACUGAGGACCCCGCCCCGCCGGGCACCCGGACAGAAGGCGAGAGGACCACCCUCGGAGCGUCGAUGGAGCCCACCCGCGGCCCCCCGCCGCAGCCCCCGGCCUCUCGGGUCCCCGCGCCCGGUGCGGCGGCCCCCCCGCCCAGCCCCGCGCCCACCGGCACGUCCUGCGACCCCAAGAUCGUCAUCAACACGGUCCCCCAGGUGCACUCGGAGAAGACGAUGUACCUGCAGGCCAGCGACAACCGCCUGCUCAUCUUCCUCUUCCUCUUCUUCUUCCUGCUCUGCCUCUGCCUGGCCGCCUACAACUGCUACAAGGGCUACCUGCCCGGGCCGUGCCUCAAGUUCCGCUCGGCCGUGCUGCUGGGCAAGAAGCAGCCGGCGGCCGACUUCUCCGAGUUCGAGCAGAGCGCCAAGGAGACGCUGGUGGAGCCGGGCAGCUUCUCCCAGCAGAACGGGGGGCAGCCCCGGCCGGCCCUGGACACCGGCUACGAGACGGAGCAGGACACGAUGGCCAGCAGGGUGCCCACCGACAGGGAGGACUCGCAGAGGCUGGACGACCCCCCGGCCAGGGACCGGCCCUUCGACGUCAAGUGUGAGCUGAAGUAUGCCGACUCGGACGCGGAUGGGGACUGAGUCUCCGCCGGCAGCCCGCGUCAGCACGCCCCUCUUCUGUGUGUCUUUUCUCUUGCGUCGAGCUUGUGAUCUGGUCUGUCUUUGUCUUUUCGGAAAAUGGCGAGCAUCGCACCCUGGCCUCCCCCGCUGGGCCGCGGUGUGAGACGUCCCUGUGGGUGGCGCGCGGGGCUGAGCUGUCACCCGCCCAUGGACACUCACGCCUGGAGCGUCCCCUCCUCAGAGCAGCCACUGAAGGAUCUUUGAAUUCCAGAUUGGAAAUGACGUUUUUGUUUAUCAGAUUGGUAACUUAUUGCCUGUUGUCCAGAUUGGCAUGGACCCUUGCUUCCGCAGAAUUAUUUUUUAUAGUUUUGCUUUUCGUGUCUUAGGUCGUUUGUUUUAAAUUACCGAAGCAGAUGUUCUAACACUCUGAAGAUGUACAUCUUCCAGAUUUUGUUGUAUAUUAGGGGUAAGAGAUACAUCUUACGUUGCUUAAGAUUCUCAGGGAUAAACUUAUUUUGGGAAAUGUGUUCUCUACUUUUUAGACACAAAGGUGAAACCAUCUGAGCACAUUUUUUUUUUUUUUUUUUUUUUAAUUCCUUGAGGGAAGCAUCCUUUUCAGAGAGAUUUUCUUUCUGUACUUUAUUCCCCCUCUUGCUUUAACUCUUUCGAAGAAGAGGAGACAGUGGAUGGCUGUCCCAUGAACCAGGUGGAGCCGGCAGACCCAGAGCGGAGAGAAGAGGCGUUUCGCAGUCGGACACCCCCAGCCGCUGCUUGGAAGCUCCCAUGCGGACGGACGGACGGACGGACGGACAUUCAACCAGGCACCCUCAGCCAUCGGAACGUCCCGUUACAUUUAGCUUCUGUCUCACGUCUCUUGCCCACCUGGAAGUCCCGCUCGGCUGAACCGAGCCGUCCACACCUGCCAGAGAGCAGGACCGCGGUGACGGACCGGCCUGCAUCCCCACGUGGCCUGGCGGCUGGUGACCCCACGCCCUGCGGCCCCCGCGUGGCUCAACGCGGUCCUUCAAGGCGCGAGUGGGCAAGACGGCUCAGGCUCCACCUGUGGCUCUCUCCGUGGCGAGGGGCGGUGAACUCCGGAUCUGUGCGUGCCUGCGUGGACAGGGCCGUCUUCAGCAUGAAAGGACUCGACCAUUCCGGUGUACACAGUUGUGUUUUAUAAGAUUUACUUUGUUUUUAUUUUUCUACUUUGAAUUGUAUACAGUCGAAAAAUAACCGAAUAAACACGAAGCUCACAUCCUCGA